AUGGCGGCAGUCGCUAGUAGAAUCGCUGAGGGGAAAGCGGAUAUACCGACCUAUCAUCAGGUUCCAGAAACAAAAUACGAGCUUGACUGGGCAGAUCUUGUAACAUUGGAUCUCUCCCAAUUCGAUCAGCCGGAUGGAAAGCAGAAACUUGCGACACAGCUAUUUGAUGCCAUUCAAAAGAUCGGCUUCUUUUAUAUCACCAACUUUGGUUUAACCCAAGAACAGGUGGACAGGCAAUUUGCCAUCGGCAAGGAAGUAUUUCAGCUGCCGACUGAGGAGAAGCUGAAAUAUCGGGCAGACCUUGAGCAUGGGGGAUAUAACGGCUACAAGCCGCUCGGACUUCGUCAAGUGAAGCCUGGAGUAUACGACAACACAGAGAUCUACAACAUACCCAAGUUUAUACCCGCAUUUGAACAGCCACACCCCGAGGUUAUUAACGAGAACCGGAAGGAGAUAGAGACCUUCGCCCGGCAUAUCAACGAUAACAUUGUAGGCAAGCUCCUCGUCCUCUUUGCCAUUAUCUUAGAGCUGCCAGAGGAUUACUUCCUGCAGAGACACCGGUAUGAAGAAAAGAGCGACUGCCAUUUGCGAUACAUGAAAUACCACCAUCGGACCGAGGAGCAAAACAAGAUCCUAGAGAACGUAUGGGUAAAAGGUCACACGGACUUCGGUAGCCUGACUCUACUUUUCCGGCAACCCGUGAGUGCCUUACAGGUCCGCACACCCGAGGGGGAGUGGAAGUGGGUUAAGCCGUAUCCACAAAGUAUCACAGUAAAUCUCGCCGACUCGCUAGAAUUUCUGACAAACGGAUUCUUGAAGAGCAGCAUCCAUCGCGUUGUUGUCCCGCCGCCCGACCAGGCCAAUAUAGACCGGUUGGGCGUUCUAUAUUUUGUGAGACCCGAGGACAGCCUCGAGUUGAGACCAAUCGUGAGUAAUGUGUUGGAUCGCCUGGGAUAUAACAAGACCACGGACGGAAGUGCGGUUGGUAUCACUGCCGGAGAGUGGGUGAAGGCGCGUGUCGCUGGGGGAGUCGCCAAAGAUAAAGUGAGGAGUGAUGUAUCUGAGCAGGAGAUCAUCCGUGGCAAAACAGCUAAAUAUUAUGACUAG